CUAAACAAUGGGUAUCAACAGUCCCCCUACCUCAUGCACGCGAUCAUCGCCUUCGCAACCUCCCACCUCCGCUACACGACCCCCACCAAACACCGCCCCUACGCCCUGACCGAAACCUACCACUGGCAACAAGCCAUCACGCAGUACUUACAGCAACUGGCCACCAUCGGCCCGCACAACAUGGACGGCCUUUUCGGGGCGUGCCUGCUCCUAACGGUGCGCUCCUUCGAACUCGACCGCUACGACCCGCACGGCUCCUUUGUUUUCGCCACAUCCCCGAAACACACCGCCACCGCGCUGACCUGGCUCACCCUGCAGGUGGGGCUGCGGCGGCUGCUGGAGGCCACCGUGCCCUGGCAGCGGGGGAGUAUGUGGUGGGAGGUGUUCAUGGCGUCCGCGGCGCAGUAUCGCGGGGUGUUUGACGUGGACGAGAGCAAUGUUUCUGAAAAGGUGGUGGCGGCAGGGUGGGGGCUCGAUCCCGGGCUGGCGGAUCUCUGCGGCAUCCAUGCGGGCAGCACCCCCGCCGAUAAUGUGUAUUAUGAGCCGGUGCGGAUGCUGAGUGGGCUGCUGCACCUGCCCAGGGGCAUUCGGAGCUUCGGGGCGUAUACCGGCUGGAUGGGCCGGUUGGAGCCGGCGUUUUUUGAGAGGUUGGUCUGCAAGGAGGUUGCGGCGUUGGUGGUGCUGCGGCGGUGGUUGGAGCUGUUGGGGAGUGUGGAUUUGUGGUGGAUUGGGGUGAGGGUUAGGUCGGAGGUGCAGGCGAUUAAUUGGUUUCUUGGGGAUGGGGGUAGGGGUGGGGUGGGAGGUUGAGUGCGUUGUGGAGGGCGCGUUCAUGGUCGGUCGGUAGGGUUGGGCUUAUCUGUUUAGAUGUGAGAUAUGAGAAUGUGGGAACCCGAGAAAGGAGGAACGUCUCGGUGACUUUGGAGCUUCUAUUUGCUGGUUGCACGGCUGCAUACACUGCGCGGUAUAUCUGCAUCUUCAUCCUCCGAAUAGCCCGCCAGCUCAAGGCUAGACCGCUCUACCCAGAGGCAUAGGGAACGCCGAGCUUGUCUAGGCCCAGUCGACGGCCUUCAGAC